AUGGCGCAUGCGCUCAACUCGUCUGGGUUAUCCGACGUGGCGUUUGGACAAAAGACAAUUUCAUGUGGACCUCUUAUUAAUUGCAGAAAACUGUAGAUAUACUUUAGGAACCAAUAUGGCUUUUAUACCUUUAGUGUUGUGUUCUAUAUCACUGGUGCUUCAGUUGGAGAGCUCGUAUGGUUAUUUUAUAACGAUAGAUGCACACGCAGAGGAAUGUUUUCACGAUCAAGUAACAUCAGGGACAAAGAUGGGGCUUAUAUUUGAAGUAGCUGAGGGUGGCUUUUUGGACAUCGAUGUUACGAUAACUGGUCCAGAUCAAAAGGUUAUUUACACUGGAGAAAGGGAGACUAAUGGAAAGUAUGCAUUUGCUGCUUACAUGGAUGGCACUUAUCAUUACUGUUUUAGCAACAAAAUGUCUUCAAUGACACCAAAAAUAGUCAAGUUUUCCAUGGACUUGGGAGAGCCACCUAAGGACACCAGUAAAGAAGAAGGUGCACAUCAUGAUAAGCUCAGUGAAAUGAUUGGACAAUUAUCCGAGGCAAUGACAGGAGUGAAACAUGAGCAGGAAUACAUGGAAGUUAGAGAAAGAAUUCACAGAGCAAUCAAUGACAACACAAACAGCCGUGUAGUUUGGUGGUCUUUCUUUGAGUCACUUGUGCUUGUUGCAAUGACGCUAGGACAAGUUUUCUACCUGAAACGAUUCUUUGAAGUCAGAAGAGUGGUUUAAGCUGUAGCAUUGAUUUUUUUUAACAAAAUUCAGAAACUGUGUUGUAUAGAGAGAUACAAGGUACUAUUGUGUUUACGAACUUGUGUUUGAAAAUGAGUAACAACUCUAUGUGUAACACAAUUUUCCUUUGCUUUAUUGGCCUUUUGAUACCCUACAAAUGCAGAAACUCUUUUCUUUUUUUUUUUCUUUUUUGGAGUCAAGGGCUGUUAUUUCAAACAUUGUCUGCUGUAGUGCAAUGUACUAAACUGAUAAUUGCUCAGUUGUUAUGAUGAGGACUACAAUUCCCCUUACUGGUUAUUCCAUAGUCUUCCAUGGAUGAUUGUUUGUGACCCAAAGCCAAGGGGUUUGAAUUGUAACCAUGUUCUGGUUAUUUCAACCAGGAUAAGCCAUUCGCUACUGGAACUGUAUUCUACACCAUCUUCCAUUUAGCCCAAUGUUGAAUCUAACCAUCAGUUUUUUAUGGUGUUACUGGAGGAAAACACUUAUUGACAUUACUGUUAUAGAGAAGUCUUGUGGUUCAUUGAUCGUCUAAAACUGCCUCUCUACUUAGACUUCAUUAAAAUAACUAUCAUAUUAGUUUUUAUGCAGACUUGCAUAGUUUUGGAUGAACUUUGGAAAAAUUAUAAUUUAUAUUGCCAUUAAAAAUAGCCUAAAAUGUCAAGACGACUAUGUUCCCUUAGGCUCUUCCUUUUGGUGUGUACAAAUAGUAUCAGAGAGACAUCUUAAUUAGAAACCAGCCUUUGUCUUGAUGAAUCCACAGAUCCUUUUUAAACACGUGGUAGAAAGCUUUUGUCUCCUUUUUGACUUACAUGUAACUGUUGUUGAAAAUAAAGAGAACAUUGUCAUCA